CGCUCGUGUCAAAGAUGUGACUCCAAAGCAGAAGCAGCCCUCCUUGUGCAUGUAGUCCUAUACAUCAUUACAACAUACACAUUGAUCGUCUCGCGGAUAUGCCAGACGUAACAGACGGUGCAAUGCAACAGCGGCCCACCCCGGUAGGGCCCGUGAUGAUGGAGGUGGUAGACCGGCUAGUUAGUAAUACCGAGACCAUCGACCGCAUCAUGGGAGAGGAGACGGUGACCACAAGCUUAUUUCAUUUCGAAUGCCAGACACCGGGCUUUACCACCGUCAAGGAGGUCGAGAAAACCGUGAAUGUACCCGCCUUCCUGGCGUCGUUCAGGUUCGUUAAAGAAUUGGAGAUGGCUGAGUUUACCACACAACUUCGGCACAACAUUGACUUGGGUGCAUACGGCACCUGGGACCAGGUGCUUGCGUUGCACAACAAGCUGAAGGACGUCUUGCUGAGGAUGAUACAAAACCCUGAUCUGGCCGCGCGUAUAGCGGCGCCAGUGCUGGUGAACCUCAAGAACGUCGAGACGGUCUUGCAAUCGGUGGAGACGAAUCUGUACGACAUCAGCGCGAAAUCACGGCUUCACGAAGUGCAGGACGAGUGCGAUCGGAUCAACCAGCAGAUGUUGGAUCUCAUUGUAGGGGUCGGAGGGUCGUACGAGCACCGCUACCACGACUCGGCGAUACUGAAGUCACAGCCCUAUCUGAUUAGCUGCCUAGUGUCCCAGGGAUGGUACCCCUGCCAAGACACCCGGCUGGCAUACCGUGCGACCCGAGAUGGCUUCGCGGCGUACGAUAUGUACGACAACUGUUUACAUCUCAAGGACCGCUGUGCGAUUGUUCUGUUCCGCGACGCCUACGACAAUGUGAUCGGCGGUAGUGUGAAUGUGUGGUCUGUGCCCGAUACCCAGGGCGCCGGAGUGUCCAUCUUCACGCUGGCCAACAACGGCAUCACGCCGCCCACUCGCUUCCACUUCAACUACAUACGCUCUGGUACUAACAACGGGCACGUCACUCCACGCCUAGCCACGGUGGCGAGCAGAACGGCGGGGAUUGCCUGGGGGCGCAACGAUUUGAAGUACGACGGAGAGUUUGUGAGUGCGUCCAACUUUCCGGAUACCUACAUCGACACCACGGGCUUGGGCCCCAAAGUGUUUGGGGUCAGGACCAGUGUUAUUCCUGAGGAGAUUGAAGUCUACGAGUUGGUCACAUACUAGUUGGCCAUAGGUAGGUAGGUAGGGAGGGGUCGAUUGCCUUUUGGUUUGGAUCGCAAAGCGGAUUAGCGGCGG